AUUCUUAAAUAUGUUGUGUUUUAUCUGAAAUAAUAUUUUUUAUUAUAAAAUAUAAAGUUUAAUGUCUGAUUUAUCUUUUAAAAAACAUAAUUAAUAAUUUAUUAUUUUAGUUUUGAUUUAAUAGUUAUAAACAGAUAAAUAUUUAUAAGAAUACUAUGCCUGCAUGUGCGGGCAGAACACCUAGUUACUAGUAUAAUUUAAUUACUCAGUGAUUAAUUUACCCUUCAAUGGACUACAUGACCCAUAACCUCCAAAUCUCCAAUAGUUUAGCAAACACGUAAUCUUUGAGUAUUGUAAUUACAAAUGGUACCAAAAUGAUUAUAAAAGUAAUAUGUGCAAACCCAAAAUGACAAGACUUAUACAAACCUAACUACCUGGACCUAAAUAAUAUCUAUUUAAAAGAAUAAUCGUACCAAAAUGUUGAAGUUUUUAUGUACAUUAGUAGUAGCUUACACUCAAUCACAAUUACACCAACAUCUAAUAAUUCUCUAAUUUUAAAAAAUUUGGUAAUAUAAUUUCGCAAUUCACCUUAUAUAUAACCCCUUCGUCUUCACUUUACAUAUAUAACAAAAACAAGGAAGAAAACUAUAAAACCAUAAGAUUUUAUUAUUUCUUUCUACAAUGAGCAUAUUGAAAAGUUUAGUGACCAUCUUCGUUCUCGGAAUAUUUUUAACACCUCGUUAUUCCGAAUCUGCGAUAUCUUGCAGUGUUGUUCUAAGCGAUUUGCAGCCAUGUGUUAGCUACUUGACUAGCGGAAGUGGACAACCUCCGGAGACUUGCUGCGACGGAGUUAGGAGUUUAGAUGCAGCGACCACUACAUCCGCUGAUAAAAAGGCGGCUUGUCAAUGCAUCAAGUCAGUGGCCAACAGUGUCACCGUGAAGCCUGAAUUGGCUAAAGCCCUCGCUAGCAAUUGUAACGCGAGCUUGCCUGUUGAUGCAUCUUCUACGGUCGACUGCAAUACGGUUGGUUGAGAUAUUUUCAGUAUCGAGGAGUGGUCCGUCUAUCAUUCUUAUGUAUGACAUUUACAUCAAUAAAGGCCUUGUAUUAUCUUGUUUGUGUCUCUAGGCCAAAUCAUUAUAAGGUUCAUAUAAUUUCGUUAUGUAUGCAUAUGUUCAUGUAUAACAGUAUAAGUAAUAUUUUUGAGAUAUUUUCAGUAUCGAGGAGUGGUCCGUCUAUCAUUCUUACGUAUGACAUUUACAUCAAUAAAGGCCUUGUAUUAUCUUGUUUGUGUCUCUAGGCCAACUUAUAAGGUUCAUAUAAUUUCGUUAUGUAUGCAUAUGUUCAUGUAUAAGUAAUAUCUCUUAAAUUAUUAACUAGUGCACUUA